AUGUGGGAGACUGGGAUGCAAAACAGUCUCAUUUGCAAACGGUGUCCGUUCUUGUCGUUUUGGCUUCUUCUUCUUCACCGGUUCCUUUUUAUUUUCAGUGACAAUAAUACAGUAAUUGGUUGCUGUUAUAGCUUCUACUUCCAUUGCAGGUUUCGUGCUCUGCUGCAAGCUUCUCUCAAUGCGACUAAAAGAGCUUUAGUAUGGAAUGCUGAAAACUUAGUUCCACCAAGUGAAAAGUAUAUUUUCAAUUUUAAUUCAAAAGAGGAGCUUAAAAGGUGGCAUUUGUAUUCAGAUUCUGAAUAUGGAGGCUUGUCAUCUGCAUCAUUGGAGAUAAAAGAGUCUGGAAAUGGAUCAAGUGGUACUGGGUUAUUUUCUGGAAACCUAUCUUUGGAUGUCAGUGAGAGUUCAAGAUGGAACAUAACUCGAAGUGGCUUUUGUGGAAUGCGGUCUAAAAAGUUUGAUGGCUUCAUUGAUUUGGAUGGAUACGAUGCAUUAGCACUAAAACUUAAAGGAAAUGGGAGAUGCUAUAUUUCAACAAUUUAUACAGAGAACUGGGUGAACCUUCAUCAUUGCUAA